CAACGCGGUUGUGAACAGCAGUUGGCGAAGCGGCGAGCGACGUUAGGUAACACACUCGUGCGUAUUCAAGAAAUUCCCGGGACGCUAUGGUUGCAGAUGGAGACUCAAAAUGGACCAAACAAUACAAGAAGGAAAUUCAAGAAAAUUUUCAAGGUUAUUUCGAUAACACCACCGUACAUGGUCUCAGGUACAUCACCGAGCGUAGACGACCAUGGCCAGAAAAGGUUCUGUGGACCAUUGGCAUCACAGUGGCCCUCACAGCGUGCGUGUGGCUCAUGUACAAGACCGCUAACCGCUGGGUCGAGUCGCCAGUCAUCAUUGCUAUGGACGAGACGCAGAGGGCUGUGUGGCAAAUCCCCUUCCCGGCAGUCACGGUUUGUCCGCAGGCGAAAAUCAACGGUUUCUUGAAUCUCACGGAUUUCAUCAACAAGUUUAACGAAGGUCUUCUUACUAAAGAUCAAAAAGAACUGCUAGCUCAAGUACAAACUCCAUGCAAGAUUCCACUUAUAAUAGAUAACAACAACGAGAUUAAUGAGUCCAAUCCAACAACCGCAAUAGAAGAUCAUGCUCUGGACUUACAAGAAGUUGUUAAAGCAGCAUACUUGCAAUCACAAGAUGCCAUGUUUGAACCGAUUCUUACCGAAGAAGGUUUGUGUUACUCAUUCAAUAUGAUGCCAGCUGCUGAUUUUUUCCGAGAAGGAACGUUCCACGCUGCGCGAGAUAAAUAUUUAAAGUAUAACAUUAGCAAAGUACAAUGGGAUCCGACCCGCGGGUACGACGAUGGCAUUGAUGAAAAAGCGUAUCCUCUUCGAGCUCUGGGCGCAGGAAAGGAACCAGGCUUUCAAGUGCACUUGCACACGAAGACCAAAUUUCUGCAUUCUGUCUGCAACUUCAUGGGGCAAGGAUACCAGGUACUUCUUCAUAGUCCCAUUGAGUUCCCGCAAUUGGGCAAGCAAUCUAUAUACGUGCCAUUAGAUAGCGUAGUACAGAUAUCUUUGACACCGUCCGAAAUUCGUACUAACGAGCAGCUUCGCAGAUCCUACACGACUUCACAGCGUCAAUGCUACUUCCCCGACGAGAAAUAUCUUAUGUACUUCAAACACUACACCCAAAGUAACUGCGAACUGGAAUGUCUUUCGAACCUCACGUGGACAGGAUGUGGCUGCGUGGAAUUCUAUAUGCCUCGAAAACCAGAUACUCCUGUUUGUGGCAUGAACAAGAAGUUAUGCGUAAAAGGAAAAGCAGCCUUUUUGAACGAAAUUACUGCAGGAGUAUGGAAAAGAGAGAACCCAGAGAAGAAAUCAGGGAACAAGGCAGAUCACCCGUGUGGAUGUUUGCCAAGCUGCAUGGAAAUUCAAUAUCACAACGACCGAUCACGAACGGAGUUGGAUCUAGAACUCAUGAACCGUUAUUUGAAACAAGAACGACCAAGUUCAGCAGAAGAGGACAAUGAUAGCAGAAAUCGAUCAAUAAUAUUCAUUUAUUUCAAACACUCCCAUUACAUUCCCAUUCGCCGCAUUGAAGUGUUUGGAACCACUGAUUUACUAGCAAGUUUAGGUGGAGUCAUGGGCUUAUGCAUGGGCAUUAGCCUCCUGAGUGUCAUCGAGUUCUUCUAUUGGAUGUUGGUUCGACCCUGGUGCCAGCACAUCAAACAGAAAGAUCCCUUACUGCGUAGUAUCAAGAAAAAUAAUCGCACACAGAAUGCAGAAGCAGCAGUUCAGUAUUCUCGAUAUAUGGAAGAUGACGCCGCGAAGUCAGAGCGUUGAAUUUCAAUUAUUUAAUUUCAAUUAAGGAAAUUAGAGCUUUUUGGUUUAUUUAGAGUUGCAUAAAUAUCUACGCUUGCCACUGAAGUUCCAAAAUUUUAGUGUACAUUAGAGUAAAUUUGAAAUAUUCAUCAUUUCCUGAUAAAAUAUUUUGUAUUUUUAGAAAUCAGCAUCGAACGCCGACUAAUUAAUUCCAUUCUUGAUAAGAGAGAGCAUGGACAACAUGAAAAUAAUAUUAAAAUAUCAUAGAACAUUUAUUCUAGAAUAUUUUGAUGUUUUUUCAAGUUGCCCAUCUCUAAUGAAACUUAAUUAAAUCUCUCCACUACAGUGGUAUAAAUCCACGUCUAGAUCUUUAGUUUUCGAUUCCUUUUUGCAAUGUCAUAUCAUUCAACAUACUUGGUUAAAUUAAACAUUAAUGGUAGAACUAUAAGUACUUUUUUUUUAGAGAGUGAACUUGUAUUUAUAACAUGCAUGUAUUGUAUUCAAGUACUAAUGUAUAUCAUUCAAAUAAUGAUUAAUAAACGGC